CAAAACUUAUCAACGUGCACACUUUAAAUGUGUGUAGUUUAUUGUAUGUCAAUUAUACUUCAAUACAGAAGAGAGCUGUGACACACACACACACACACCAAAGAUGAAAGACAGCUGCCGGCAGUCCCUGGUAACGUCCGUAUUCUGGGGAGAUGAGUGCUUCAUAGGACUUACAGAUCCUCAAAGGAGCUUAAGGCUGCAAGGCCCCUCGGACACCCGCCUUCCCACCCCGCCGGCCCUGCCUGGCUCAAGACUUCAGUCCAGACGACGCGGGGAGUGGGUAGAGAGGGCGGACCACCGCUUGACCGUCCCAGUGAUGAGCCUUCGACUUCAGAGUUGGGUAGAGAGCAGUCAGUUUGGUGCCCGACUGCUUUUUCCUUGAAGCCAAGACUCCGGCUGGGUGUCACCCCAAGGGUCUGCAUCUGGAUCGCAAAGCGGUCAAGGGAAGAGAGGGAAAUCUUUGAACACCGCUCUCGGCCGGCCCUGAUAGCACGAAUGAGAGCCAAAGAGGUCACACGUGGAAUUGCCCGUGGAGCGGAUUCCCGCCUUUGGCGUCUCGCGGAAGGGGGAUAUGGGAGGGGGCGGUGGAAGAAAGGAGGCCGGGCGAGUCCCCCACUCUGCACAGGUUUAAACUGGCCCAUUCGCUCCACGGUAUUGGUUUCAAGUCGACCCCGUAAAAUCGGAGGACCCAGGGCCGGAGGAAAAAGAGGAACUACAUUUCCCAGCAAGCCGAAGGCGUCCGGCGCCGGCCAUGCUUUCCGGCGCGUGUGAAGCUGUUGUCGGCAUCCGGUGUGCAGGCGGACUCAUGGAUCCCGACGGCCGGUGGCGGCACCUACCCAGCGGGCCCAGCCUAAAGCACUUGACCGACCCCUCUUACGGGAUCCCGCGCGAGCAGCAACAGCCAGCGUUGCAGGAGCUGACGCGGGCGCAUGUCGAGUCCUUCAACUACGCUGUGCGCGAGGGGCUCAGCCACGCGGUGCAGGCCAUCCCUCCCUUUGAAUUUGCUUUCAAAGAUGAGCGGAUCUCUCUUACUAUUGUGGAUGCUGUCAUCAGUCCACCCACAGUUCCAAAAGGGAGCAUCUGUAAAGAGCUCAAUGUUUAUCCAGCAGAAUGCCGGGGCCGAAGGAGCACCUACCGGGGAAAGCUGACGGCCGAUAUCAGCUGGGCAGUGAAUGGAAUCUCAAAAGGCAUCAUUAAACAGUUUCUUGGCUAUGUUCCCAUCAUGGUGAAAUCCAAGCUUUGCAACUUAUACAACCUUCCUCCAAAAGCCCUCAUCCAGCACCACGAGGAAGCAGAGGAAAUGGGAGGCUAUUUUAUAAUCAAUGGCAUCGAAAAAGUCAUCCGAAUGUUGAUUAUGCCUCGCAGAAAUUUCCCCAUCGCAAUGGCACUUGUCAGCUUUUCCGAUUACCAGAUUUUUCAGGAGCUCAUCAAAGGAAAGGAAGAUGACUCUUUCUUUAGGAACUCUGUUUCUCAGAUGUUAAGGAUUGUAAUGGAAGAGGGAUGUUCCACACAAAAACAGGUCCUUAGCUAUCUGGGGGAACGCUUCAGAGUAAAACUCAGUCUUCCUGACUGGUACCCAAAUGAACACGCUGCAGAGUUUCUCUUCAGCCAGUGCAUCUGUAUCCACUUGAAAUCCAACACUGAAAAGUUUUAUGUGCUUUGUCUCAUGACCCGGAAGCUCUUUGCUUUAGCCAAAGGAGAGUGCAUGGAGGAGAAUCCUGACAGUUUAGUGAAUCAAGAGGUCCUGACCCCCGGGCAGCUCUUCCUCAUGUUUCUGAAGGAAAAAUUGGAAGCUUGGUUAGCAUCUAUUAAAAUAGCUAUAGACAAGAAGGCCCAGAAGACCAAUGUGUCCUUAAACACUGAAAAUUUGAUGAAGAUUUUUACUCUGGGAACAGACCUUACAAAACCAUUUGAAUAUCUUCUUGCUACUGGGAAUCUACGUUCUAAAACAGGUCUCGGCUUCCUGCAAGAUUCCGGACUUUGUGUUGUGGCUGACAAGCUGAACUUCAUACGCUAUCUCUCCCACUUCCGCUGUGUGCACAGAGGGGCAGAUUUUGCCAAGAUGCGGACCACCACAGUACGCAGGCUGCUGCCGGAGUCCUGGGGUUUCCUUUGCCCCGUGCACACCCCCGACGGGGAGCCCUGUGGUCUGAUGAACCACUUAACCACCAUAUGUGAGGUUGUCACACAGUUUGUGUAUACAGCAUCUAUUCCAGCUUUGCUCUGCAACUUGGGCGUCACUCCAGUUGACGGAGCGCCACAUCGGCCGUACAGCGAGUGCUACCCUGUCCUGCUGGACGGUGUCAUGGUUGGCUGGGCGGAUAAGGAGCUUGCUCCUGGCAUUGCCGAUUCUCUCCGACAUUUUAAGGUUUUGAGAGAAAAAAGAAUUCCUCCCUGGAUGGAGGUGGUCCUGGUCCCCAUGACAGGAAAACCAAGUCUGUACCCAGGAUUGUACCUUUUUACCACUCCUUGUAGACUGGUGCGGCCUGUGCAGAACUUGGAAUUGGGCAAAGAAGAACUAAUUGGAACUAUGGAACAGAUCUUCAUGAACGUUGCUGUCUUUGAGGAUGAGGUUUUGGCUGGCGUUACCACCCACCAGGAGCUCUUCCCUCACAGCCUGCUGAGUGUGAUCGCCAACUUCAUCCCUUUCUCUGAUCACAACCAAAGUCCAAGAAACAUGUACCAGUGCCAGAUGGGUAAGCAGACUAUGGGCUUUCCACUCCUAACUUUUCAAGACCGGUCAGAUAAUAAACUGUAUCGUCUUCAGACUCCACAAAGCCCUUUAGUGCGACCAUACAUGUAUGAUUAUUAUGACAUGGAUAACUAUCCAAUUGGGACAAAUGCCAUUGUUGCUGUUAUUUCUUACACUGGCUAUGAUAUGGAAGAUGCCAUGAUUGUGAAUAAGGCUUCUUGGGAACGAGGCUUUGCCCAUGGAAGUGUCUACAAGUCCGAGUGUAUAGAUCUGUCUGAAAAAAUCAAACAAGGAGAUGAUAGUCUGGUCUUUGGAGUCAAACCUGGUGACCCACGGAUUCUGCAGAAGUUGGAUGAUGACGGAUUGCCAUUUAUUGGAGCACAACUGCAGUAUGGAGAUCCAUAUUACAGCUACGUAAACCUCAACACCGGGGAAAGCUUUGUGAUGUACUAUAAGAGUAAAGAAAAUUGUAUUGUGGAUAACAUCAAAGUGUGCAGUAAUGACACCGGAAAUGGCAAAUUCAAGUGUGUUUGCAUCACGAUGAGAGUCCCUCGGAACCCAACUAUCGGGGAUAAAUUUGCCAGUCGUCAUGGGCAGAAGGGCAUCUUGAGCAGACUGUGGCCAGUUGAGGACAUGCCAUUCACUGAGAGCGGGAUGGUUCCAGACAUUCUGUUCAACCCUCACGGUUUUCCAUCCCGCAUGACCAUCGGUAUGCUGAUUGAGAGUAUGGCAGGGAAGUCUGCAGCUUCACAUGGCCUCUGCCAUGACGCCACGCCCUUCAUCUUCUCCGAGGAGAACUCGGCCCUGGAGUACUUUGGUGAGAUGUUGAAGGCUGCUGGCUACAACUACUAUGGCACUGAGAGGUUGUAUAGUGGCAUCAGUGGGCUAGAGCUGGAUGCAGACAUCUUCAUAGGUGUGGUUUAUUACCAACGCUUACGCCACAUGGUCUCAGACAAAUUCCAAGUUAGGACAACAGGAGCCAGAGACAAAGUCACUAACCAGCCUAUCGGGGGAAGAAACGUCCAGGGUGGGAUCCGUUUCGGGGAGAUGGAGCGGGACGCCCUUUUAGCUCAUGGUACAUCUUUUCUCCUUCACGACCGGCUCUUCAACUGCUCGGAUCGGUCUGUAGCCCACGUGUGUGUGAAGUGUGGUAGUUUGCUCUCCCCGCUGUUGGAGAAGCCACCCCCAUCGUGGUCCACCAUGCGCAACAGGAAGUACAACUGUACUCUGUGUAACCGCAGUGACACCAUCGACACUGUUUCCGUGCCUUACGUCUUUCGGUAUUUUGUAGCUGAACUGGCAGCUAUGAACAUCAAAGUGAAACUGGAUAUCGUUUAACUUGACGCUGGCCUUUUGGGUCAAGAUUGCUAUCAGAUUAAAACAAAAUGUAACUUUGGUUCAUUGAAGCUGUUAAUAGUUACUCGAGUUUUUCAAGGUUAAGAGUGCUCAACCAAGACCUGGCAACUAAGAAUGCAGAGUUUCUGAGUUGCUCUGGUAUAAUAACUGCUGAAGAUGACGUUCAGUGUAUUUGUUGCUCUUUAAAAGUGAUACACUGAUAAAUAGAAGGAUAUUCAGGGGAAAGUCUUUCCACCCCCAGGUUCUUCGUAUCCUGCUUUCAGCAGGCAGUGACAGUCAAACAUUUAUUUGUCCAUGUAGAGCAGAGCAGCCCAAUAGAAAUAAACAGUGUAAGCCACAUAUAUGUAAUUUUGUAUUUUCUUAAAGUAAAAACAGAGUUUUUUGAGGUGUAAUUGUUGUACCCAAAACUGCACAUAUUUAAUGUAUAUAAUUGGGUGCGUUUGAACAUAUGCACACACUUGGGAAUGAUCCCAAUCAUGGUAACAAGUGUCACCCCCAAAGGGUUCCCUGUGCUCCUGGGGGUGGUUGGUUUUGUUUUGUUUCUUGGCGUUUUUACGGUAAGAACACUGAACUUGAUCUCUACCCUAUGGACUAUGGAUAGAACACAGAUGAAUAUAUCGCCCCAUAAAAACAGUUGUUCAAAAGAUCGAUAUGUGUCUCUAGAAACUGGGUCUUGGUGUAACAAAAAAUAAUGUAUUUAUUGAAGGAAAGAGCGAUAAAACUGAAUGGUGUGUGUAACAAGUUUAUGAGUGAAUGGCUGCUAAAACACAUAGAAAAAUACAACUCAAGACUGAAUUCUAUAUGUGACUAGAACAAAAAUGUAUCUAAAAAGAGCUAUACUCAACACGGAAUGAUAUGAAGUGUAUCUAUGAAUGGACAGUUUGUAUAAAACAAAACUGUCUACUCAAAGGAAAUACCUGAACAUAAGAACGAAUGACAUUUUUUAGAAUAAACUGUUGUAGAAUGGGAAAAACUAUACACACAAUUAUAUGCUGUGUAUCUCUAUGAAUGGAAUGUUGGCAGAACAAUAAUACAUUAACAUAAGACAUUUCCAUAUACAUAAUUGAAUUAUACUUUUGUAUCUCCCUGAAUGAAGAGUUUAUGAAUCUAAAUGAAUGUAACUACUGAAAGGAUUUAUACGCAAAAGAGAAUGAUGCAAAAUAUAUCUAUACAUGGAACGUUGGUAGAAAACAGAAACAGGAGGUGUCUACAGAGAGAAAACGCCUAUGUACAAUGCGUAUUGUGGGUCCCUGGAAUAAAAUGUGGUUAGAAUGGAAAGGAAUAUAUCCACUCAAAGAAAAGCGGUGUACACAACACUGAAUGAUAGGUUACUUAUCUCUGCACUGAAUGUUGGUAUAACAACAAGAAGUGUAUCUAAUGAGAACGAGUGAUGUGUUUUUAUCUAUAAAUGAAGUGUUUGUGAACACAAAUGAUGUAUCUGGAGUAUGAGAAUAUAAGCAAUUGUACCUGUUAAAAGGAAGGAUUUAGAAAUGAGCCUGAAAGGUUUUCCCCUGUGAAUGGAUUGCUGGCAGAACACAUGGGUGUCUGCUGAGACAGACUGCCAUAUGCGGCACUGAUGAUUUGUAUCUGUAAGUGGAGUGUUGGUGAACCCAGAUGAAUGUAUUUGCUCAAGUAAGAACGGUAUAUACAAGA